GAGUCACAGAGAAGUACAGCAUAGACGACCUAAGUUAAAAGACGUUUGAAUACUUCUCUAGUACAUGGACUCCUGACCGCAGAAUCUACCUUGUCAUGGUCUUGUACCUUGUUGUCUACCUGCACGUUCUCGGAACUAACAUUUCAUUCUGCGUGCCGGCAUUCUUUUCCCUCAAUGCACUGAGUAAUGAACCGAUCUGUUCGCAAGACAGCCUUUUUUCACUGAAACCUCGGUACAUUAAAUAAACCGGUUUAACCACCCACAGACCCGUGCUGCCUUGGACUGGGAGCUGUGCAAACAUCGAGGACCAGGAUAUCGGAAUCCAAAGGGCAUUGUUUAUUUUCAAUGCGAUCAGCAGAACGGGCCAGGUUAAUUAUUCACCGGCAUCUCUAUCAUAUUCACCGCCUUUGCCUGGGUCAGUUUACUCAAACAGGACAGUGAACCCUACCCCGAGCCCGAACCACCUUCAACGAAUGAGGCUUUGACGCUCAUUGACGGCCUUUUGCCUGCAAUGAGGACAUUUGGUCGUCAUAGAACACUACGGCACAAAAACAGGCCUUUCGGCUCAUCUAGUCCGUGCCAAACUAUUAACCUGCCUAGUCCCACCGAGGUGUACCCGGACUGUAUCCAUUCUAUAAUACACAGGAGCAGAAUUAGACCAUUCGGCCCAUCGAGUCUGCUCCGCCGUUCCAUCAUGGCUGAUUUACUAUCCCUCUCAAUCCCAUUCUCCUGGCUUCUCUCUGUAACCUUUGACACCCCGACUAAUCAAGAACCUCGCAAUCCCCGCUUUAAAUAUACUCAACGAUCUGGCACGCACGACUGUCACUGGCAAUGAAGUUCCACAGAUUCACCAUCUUCUGGCUGGAGAGAGUCCUCCUCAUCUCUGCUGUUCUGAGAGUGUGUCCUUUGGUGCUCGACUUCGCACUUCUCCGCAUUCACUCUCUCUCUCUCUCUCGGCCUUUCGACACUCUGAAGAUUUCAAGGAGACCCGCCGCCGCAGUUCUUCCACACGCCGGCUAGUACCCGACUCGAGCCUCCUUUGAUAACGUGUUGUGGUUCCCUGCCUUUAUUAGUCGAGACACUGAGUUCGAGAGUGGGAAAGUUAAACUGCAGCUUUAUAGAACUCUGCUUAGGCCAAUGUGCACCCACUGCAGGAUGCCGAAGAGGCUUACCAGGGAGCUGCCCGGGUUCGAGGGAGGCUCUGGGAAAAAAUGGGCUGUUUUCUCUGGAGCAGCGAGGGCUGAGGGGACAUGCAAUAACGUUUCUUUCUAAGUUCCCCAGGGUCGAAAUAUCCAACACCAGAGUUACGGCGAGAGUUCACAGGAGAUGUUCUGGGCGAGUUUUGUUUUACACCGAGAGUGGUGGCUGCCUGGGGUGGCAAAGGUCAGAACCCGUCUUCUCAACAGGACAUGGACCUUCUAUCACACAGUUAUUAAGGUACAGGAGAUCAUUCGGCCUUUCGAAUUCAUGCUGGUCAAAAUAUAACUUAUUGCUGUAACUGAGUAAGGACAUGCAGGGGCUGGGGUGUUCUCUGUCUCGCUCUUGACACCGUCUGCCCAAAGUAUCUGAAUAUCCGCAGAUUUCCACGAGUCCCGAUGAAGGGUCUCGGCCCGAAAUGUCGACUGUUUAUUAAUUUCCAUGGAUGCUGCCUGACCUGCUGAGUUCCUCCAGCAUUUUGUGUGUGUUGUUCGGAUUUGCAGCGAUUGCGGAAUCUGUGUUUACCGUACGUUUCUCGUCCGUUCUUCAAUACAUUCUUUCCCUCCGAUUAGAGGCUUUCGGUAUCGGGAUGAGAAAGUGGGGGAGAGUGUUUCCAAAUUUCCACAACACCCCAAAGUUUCCCUUGUGUUUAGAUAGUUAAUGCACAAAACACCUUUUUCAUUUAAAUUUAAAAGUUCUGAGGAGACGUGAACGAGCCUCGCAGUUCGGAGAUCACCCCCAGGAAGGGAAUGCAGGGGCCAGUAACUUCCUGUAUUCAGCGGUUGCACUGUAGUGGGGGCGGCCAGUACACGGAGAGUUUGCGUGUGUGGCGCUGGGGGAGGGGGUGAGGACGGGGACGGCCAGUAAACGGAGCGUGUGCAGCGCUGCGAGAGGGGCGGAACGAGAGCAGUGUAUCUCUGCGAGCUGGCCCCAGAGAGCGGGCGGCCCACGGGCGGAAGGAUGACGCGGAGCCGGGGACAGGCAGCUCGCUUGGUUGUCCUGUAUCUCGGACCCUUACUGCUACUGACCGUCUACUGGCACGGCGGCUUCAGCCCAGCCUUUGACCGACUGAUCGUGGCACAGAUGGGGUCUGGGAAGAAGCGGGCAGCCCUGACUGACUGGUCUUUCAACCUCAGCAAGCUCCCCGGGUUGGACCCCCAGCAACAGCGAAUCCAGCAGCGACGCCGGGCCGAGCUGGAGCGGGCGUGCUCGGCUCACGGCCGCCCUUCCAGCCCGCUCUCGGCCGCCGCCCUCCGCCACCUGAUCGUGGACAACCGCCAUCGCCUGCUCUACUGCUACGUGCCCAAGGUGGCAAGUACCAACUGGAAGCGGGUGAUGCAGGUGCUGGCCGGCCAGGCGGCCGAGCCGCUGGACAUCCCGGCCUCCCAGGCGCACUCCCCGGGCCGCUUGCCCACGCUGGACACCUACCCGCCGGCCGGCAUCAACCACCGCCUCCGCCACUACCUCAAGUUCCUCUUCGUGCGCGAGCCCUUCGAGCGGCUCGUGUCCGCCUACCGCAGCAAGUUUGCGCAAGCCCGCGCCCACGCCUUCCACCGCCGGUACGGCACGCGCAUCGUGCGGCGGCACCGGCAACAGCCCAGCGCGCGUGCACGCAGGAGCGGCGCCGACGUCACCUUCGCCGAGUUCGCCUGGUACCUGGCGGACCCGCGCACGCGCGUGCGCGACGGGCCCUUCAACGAGCACUGGGAGACGGUGCACGCGCUCUGCCACCCGUGCCGGCUCCGCUACGACGUGCUGGGCCGCCACGAGACGCUCGCAGCCGAUGCGCGCUACCUGCUGGCGUUGGCCGGGCACGAGCACCCGGUCGCCUUCCCGGCGCCCGCUCCCGGGUCCAAGGGGCCGACCACCCUCGGCAUGACCGCUGCCUACUUCCGCAACCUCUCCGCCUUCUACCGUCGGAAGCUCUACCGCAUCUACAGACUGGACUACGAGCUGUUUAACUACCCCGUGCCCACCUACCUAGACAGCGACUGAAGGCGCGCUCCUGUGGUGGGGUGGGUGGCGCGCGUUUCCAAGGGGCGUGUGGGGUUUGGAGGGAAGGGCAGCGCGGACACUGUGACUUGCUGGAGUGCCCCGUUAUGUUGCGGGUGGGGCUGGUGCAGGGUGUUCCCUGCCUCCCCCUCCCCCGAGUGUGGGUACCGCUGGGUCUGCGCGGGCACCGGACCCCACCCCCACAGCACCCUGGGGCGAGGGGUCUACCGCGCGUCAGGGUCCUCUGUUAGCGCAAGGGUGCGUGUGGGGGCUGUACUCUUCCACGGAGCGUGGAAAAACCGGGAGUGGUGAUGAAAAGUGGGUGCAGACGAAGCGGAGGAGUGAUUGGAGGCCGAGAGGGAGGGAUGGGGAAAGGAUAAAG